UUAAAUAACAAGCUGAAUGGUGAGACUUGUUGUGGUUAUUGUUGUGGAAUUUAAAAUUUUAUUUGUGGACAUAUCGAUACAAAAAAGCGUUUAUUUCCUAGAAAUAUGCGACCCCACUGUGAGAAGAACAGAAAAUGAUAACAUUCGGGGGAGCGAAUACUUCAACGGCGCAAGAGGAAUCUGGCGACGGUCGGAGUAUUUGCGAGAGCGUUUGCAGUGAUGGUUCCAAUGCAACUGUGCAAGCUGGGGCCCCUAACCAGAGGCCCCGUAUGGACAUCGCAUGCGUUUUGGACAUAAACCAAACAUUGAACUUGGCUCAUAGGAAAAGGGCAUUAGAGGAAGUCCGUUUAGCUUCUGAGCUUGUGAAUGCUAACGUACAUCACAUACAUUUUGAAAAGCUUGACUUUGGCGAGACGAGUGUGUUGGACACAUUCUACAAUGCUGAUGUGGCCCUAGUAGAUCUCAGCGUGCAAGUGCAACAGAGCUCCCUACUCUACCACCUGGGAGUUAGAGAGAGCUUUGAUAUGAAGGAGAAUGUGCUGCUUUAUAAUGAUGUUGAUCCUGAUGCCACAUUAAGACUUAAGAUAUCACUACCAAACUUCCUGUUCGUGUCAUACAAGCUAACGGAUGCGGGCACAUGUGUCACCACCAACCCUGCGGCAGCUAAGUUCAAGGGAGAGGAGGCGCCUGACCCCAAGCAGCAUCUUACUUUGAGGCUCAGGAAUAUAUUGCAAGAUGUUGAGGUUCAAACCAAAGCUCAUCUCCAAGAGAAGUUCCUAUCGGACCUGCGCAAAGCGCGCGAGACUUACAGCGGCACAGAACUGGCAAACGUACUCCACGCUAUGCGCCGCCGGCUCGACGACCCGGCCGUCCUGUCUGGUGAUACCAUACUCAACCUGCUCAUAUCCUACCGAGAGAUACAAGACUACGACGCGAUAGUGCAGAUCGUGGACGAUCUCAAAACCAUAAUGAAUAGGAAGAACUAUGUCAAAAUGCCUAUUAUUAGGUUUAUGUACGCUUUUGCUAUGAACAGGAGAAACAAAGAAGGCGACAGGGAAAAUGCUUUAAAAGUAUGCGUGAAGGCUUUGGAGAAGAAGGAGAAUAGGUUUCCCGACAUGCUGUGCCUCUGUGGUCGAAUAUAUAAGGAUAAGUUUGUAGAAUCUCAGCACACAGAUGUGGAGAGUUUGACGAAUGCUAUACAUUGGUACAGACAAGGCUUCGAAGUGCAACCAAAUGAAUAUGCGGGUAUUAACUUAGCGACGUUGUUAGUCAUAGCCGGGAACGACUUCAAGAAUUCACAAGAGCUUCAACAUAUAGGUAUGGUGCUAAACCAUUUAAUAGGGAAAAAAGGCAGCUUAUCUUCACUGAAGGACUAUUGGGAUGUGGCCACAUUCUUCGAGAUCUCCGUACUGGCUCAAGACUAUGUGAAGGCAAUCCAGGCGGCCGAAUGUAUGUUCAAAUUGAAACCACCGAAUUGGUACCUGAAGUCAACUAUAGGGAAUAUUGAACUUAUUGAUAGGUUUAGGAAAAAGAGUGAAGAAACAUCUCCAGAACAGCAAGUGUUUUCUUUCUGGAUGGAGUUCUUUGUGGAGGCAACUAAAAGCACAUGUGAAAAUAUAAUAAGGUUUCCUGUAGUGAUAUUAGAAACAACAAAAGUAUACAUGCCGUCAUACGUGAACGUGCACAUGGGCGCGGAGCAAAAGUCCGUGGAGAUAUUCAACCUGUGCCUGGACUACAUACGAGGGGACUGCAGACAGGUGCACCGCUGGCUCUUCACGUCCGACAUGAUACGGACUUACAGUUUGUACAAGCGCGACGACCGCUGCCUGUUCCUAUACGUCAGCGAAAACUCGGACGACUUCCAAAUAUUCCUCCCGUCGCCGCAGUUCCGACAACACCUGUACGAACACUUGGGCGAGCUUACAGCGGAUCAUGAAAAGAUGGCGGACCUGGAUACCAGCGUUAUGCAGGACCAAUUGAAGUUCGAAUACGAACUAGACGACUGCAACAAGCGCGUCAUCCUCGGCAAGGGCACGUACGGAGUGGUGUACGCGGCGCGAGACCUCAACACGCAAGUCAGGAUCGCCGUCAAGGAGAUCCCGGAGAAGAACCUGGGAGAUGUGCAGCCUUUGCAUGAAGAGAUCUUACUGCACUCACAGUUGAGGCAUCGGAAUAUUGUGCAGUACCUCGGAUCAAUAUCAGAAGACAAUUACUUCAAAAUAUUCAUGGAACAAGUUCCUGGAGGUUCGCUGUCUGCUCUGUUGAGGUCCAAGUGGGGCCCGCUCAAAGAAAAUGAAGCGACCAUCGCGUAUUAUACUAAGCAAAUUUUGGAAGGUCUAAAAUACCUCCACGAUCAAAAAAUCGUUCACCGUGACAUCAAAGGUGACAACGUACUAGUGAACACGUAUAGCGGAGUUGUCAAGAUAUCGGACUUCGGUACGUCGAAGCGACUGGCUGGCUUGUGUCCAUCUACCGAGACCUUCGCCGGCACACUGCAGUAUAUGGCGCCGGAGGUCAUCGAUAAAGGACAGCGUGGUUAUGGAGCUCCGGCUGACAUUUGGUCUUUGGGUUGUACGGUGGUGGAAAUGGCGACAGGCAAUCCGCCUUUCAUGGAAUUGGGUUCACCUCAGGCAGCUUUAUUUAAGGUGGGAUAUUAUAAAAUGCACCCGGAGAUACCGAGCGAACUGUCGUUGAGGGCAAAGAACUUCAUACUGCGAUGUUUUGUUGCUGACCCGGAAAAUCGAGCCACUGCGUCCGAGUUACUCGAAGAUCCAUUUCUGUGCGAAAAGAAAAAGUCGAGCAGUCGCCUAGGGAAUAGUGUAGACUACAGUCGCAGUGUUUCUGUGCCGGCGGAUAAAGCUCGUGGAUUGGUCUCUCAGAAGAAAAUAUCCGAACCGAGUCUUCCCGGAAUUGUUCCAAGUUCACCAGACAUCGAGGUUAAAACGGUCCGGUCUAACCCUACCAUCACUAGGACGGCAUCGUCGAUGCUCUCGCCGAUUCUGAUAUACCCACCGGACUUGUCGAAUAGCAGCACAAUGCCAAAUACGCCGUCAACUGACGAGAUGGAUAACAAUGACACAAUUCUGAAUAGAAGAAGCUCUUCAGGGGGAUUACUCUCACCUGAGGUGGAUAUGCCGAAUGUCCCGCGGUCGUCUAUAGAUACAGAGCACGAUGGAUUCUACCUCCUGAAGAAAGACUCGCAGCGCCGUUUCACACUGUCGCGAGUGUUAGAGCAGGACAGCGAGAAAAUAUGCUCAAAAUGGAUGCUCAGCAUACAACAGGACUUCGGUACUACGGUUUUGACAAUGAAUCACUUGGAGACACUGCGCCGUGCGCUAAAGGAAUACAUCACCGACCAAAACAGAGGCGUGAUCGAGCGCGCUAUAAUAGCACUGAAGGAGGAACUCGACUUCGACACGAAUGCGAUAAACGAAUUGCAUUCCGCCAUAUACAUGUUCCAAGAGGCUGUGAACGUUGUGUUGCGAAUGCACAGUAUCAAGCCGCAUUGGAUGUUCGCUUUGGAUAAUUUAGUUAGGAAUGCUGUGCAAGCCGCCAUUACUGUGUUGUCGCCUGAACUAGGCGCAAACUUGGCUGGCCAAGAAGCUGAGAGGCGCGGCGGUGCAGCCGACGUGUCGCCCUCCGCACUCUCCACUGCGACCUCCACCAGAGACCCCCUGCAGCUGCACCAGCUUAGGCAAGACAACCAUAAGCUUCAACAAGAACUGAUCGAAAGCUACCAACAGUAUCAAGCCUUGCUCAAAGUAAUGUUGGAGGAGCAAAAAAUGCAAACGCAAAUUUUACGAGAAAUUGUGGAAAAGACAUCCAACACCAGAAGCCAUACACCCAGUGUAGACACGACUGACGAUGACCGCGAGCAGUUGGAAGCUUUUCGCGAAUGGUUGACACCGCGCGGCGUUCCCGUGGAGGCGGCCGUCGCUCUCGUGAACCAGAACUACACCCUGCCUGAUCUAUUGCAACACGUUCAGAGGGAGGACAUCGCGAGACUCAAUCUUAAGGGUGGCGUCGAACUGCGUCUAUGGCGUGCUAUAGCUGAUCAUCGCGUUCAGAGCAAUGCACACCAUUUGACACGAACAAGCAGUACGGAGACCGACAUGGACACAAACUCCAUAGUCGUCGUCGAAUGUCAGAAGUGCAAAACCUCCCGGACCCUUUCAAACAAUUCCUGUUCCAACAACCCCACUAUAGUCAUCAGGGAUCAGCAAGUCAACGGUGACGGUGUUGGUGAGUAUUACACGGAGAACGGGGUCGUCAACCUUUGACUAUUGCGCGGGUGGUGCACUCUGCAGUGAUCACAGGGUUGGUGACUUCUGCGAUUUCGGCUUUAAGUCGGACUGUUAAGGUGGAACUUUGUUAGGUUACAAUGGCAAUGUGCAGUGGACAAGUGAACUAAUAAACCUACACAAGAUAAUAUUUUUUGGGCUGACACUUGUGCACUUAAAAUAUAAAGCCUUGUCAAUUUACAAAUACAAAAAAGUUGUUCUGUUUGGUUUAUAACCUUUUAUUACAAAAACAUUAAAAGAGAUGGUCCAUUUCUGACUAAGUCUAUGUGCCUACACCAAGUAUAUAAACUGUUUAAAUUUGGAAAUAGUGUAUAUAUCGAACUAAAUACGUUGGUAGACAUAAAAAUGCAAUGGGGCGAUGACUGGGUUUGAAUAUAUUGAUUUUUAUGAGACAUUCGGGUAAAUAAGGUCAAUAUUUGCUGAAUAAUAUGUAAAAACCAAAGAUUGACUGGAUGUUUGCAAAAUAAAUAUAAUUAUAAAAUUUCAAAAUCUACUAAAUACAUUUUUAGCUACCUUACAUUUAACGUGACAUUUUUCAAUACUUGAACUAUAAACAUGAACCCACAAAUGACAAAGAUAUUUGUAAUUUUGUUUUUUCAACACCCUUACAAAUCUAACGAUCAGCGAACCAACGAUGUCAUUAAUUCGUGACAUUUUGUAUGGGACAUUUUUGAGGGGUCGGUGGCAGUGCCCCAAAUCUGACCCUUAAAUUCCUGAAGCUCCUAUAUUAUAUAUCCUGUUACUUUUAGGAAAUGGUUUUACUAUAAGCAUACUUCUAAUUUAUAUACAAUUUAAAAAACUGUCAUCAUCCCUAUUCCAAUUAAUGCCUUUCCAGUCACAGACAGUUAGCAAUAAAAUAUUAAUUUCAAUGAAACAAUCCGAAGAAAUUCAGAAAUGAAUUCGUGAUUCAAUAAACAGAAAUAGAUAAAUAUAUAUUCUUUUCCUUGUAUGUAUUCAUAAAAUAAAGAUAAAGCCUAUGCUUCUAACAAUUUUGGACCAUUUCCUUUAAUAAAAUAAAUAUAAAUCGUUUUAUAAAGCAAGUAACGAGCUUUGUGUGUAAAAAUUAAUAUUUAUCGCACCAAUUAAGCAAUACGCGGUUGUACAAGUUAGCAAUAUAAUAGUUAUACAAAACUUGUGUGAUUUUCAUAUUAAUAUGUACAUUUUAUUGAUUGACAUAUUAAUUAUUAUAAUCGAUAAUCGAUUAAAUCGAAAUCCAUAAGUAGAGAUUGAGAUUGAAAACAAUGAAAUUUAAUAAGUACGUGUACUUAUUAAAUUUCAUUGUUUUUUUUGUAAGGUAUCCAAUAUUUGUGGAUAAAAGAUAGCCUGAAAAUACAUAUUAAUUAAAAAUAUUGGAUCCUACAGGAUUCAAGACCGCAUCUCGAUUAAUCGAUAUUUGAUCUAAUUAAAAAUAUAUCGUACGUUCGAAAAAUAAUCGCCUUUGCUACGCAAUAACCGCUUAAAGCCUGAGUGUAUCACCCUUAACUAAAUUGUAUAUUAUAUUAUAAAGUAUUUAUAAAAUACGAAAUGUUAUUUACACUGAUAUAGAUUUUGUAAAUAUAUUAUAUACGGAGGCAUAAUAAGCAAUAACGCUUCUUUACAAGGCUAAUAACGCACAUUGGUGUAUGUGGAUGGUGCUAUGUGAUUAGACUAAUGUUACGUGCCUUUCAAAUUAAUACGCUUGUUACAGAAAUAUGAAAUGUUGUAUGAAAUAUUGUUUUCAUUAUACUGAAAUGAUAUAAUUGACAGAGAGUAGUGCGUGCAAAUCUUUAAUGAUUUAGUAUUUUUUAAUUCCUUACAAGUUGGCCCUUGAGUUAAACCUCACGUGAUGGUAAGUGAUGAUGCAAGCCAAGAUGGAAGCGGGAUAACUUAUUUGGAGUUGGAUGAAAAUCCAUUCCAUAAGGGCUUCCAUAUCUGAAGUUGUUCGACAUUGUUGUGAAAUCGAAAAAUAAAUUAUUGGAGUUUACUCCAUAACGAUUUUUAUGGAGUAAAAUCCAAUAUAAUAUAAUUUUUCAUAUAUAGCCCCGGUAUGAAAAAAUAUUGGCAGUAAAAUUCGAUGAACGAAUGCCAGCGUUACGUUUUUGUGCGCAACCUAUUCUGCGCACCUUUCAUCAUGCGCAGCCGCCAACAGCGUGCACAUGCGUGCGGGCACGCACGUCGCGGCCUGCUGCACCUCGGUUGCGCACCUUUCACUUUUCAGGCGUAAUAUUGAGACGUACAUAGUGUAUGCUGCGGGGCAACAGACCUAUAUAAUAAAUGGAUUUUUUUGCACAACCAAAAAAUUCUGGUAUGUUUUCAUAGUACUUUUUUGGAAUCAGAAAUUAGUAAAGAAAAUAAAUGUUGUAGGCUUAAUAGUGUUACAAUAUAAUCGUUUUAAGGUUUGCACUCACUUGAUAUGUUUAUACAUGGCAACAUUGUUAAGAAUAUACUAUACGUAUGUCUACGAAUAAAUAUCAUAUUUAGCUUUUACAAUAUCUUUAUUGAAGAAGUUAUUAAUUUUUAGUGUUUUGUGCCAUACAUACAUAGUUAUAUAUAUCUACAUAGUAACAUAGAUAUAUUUACGUUUAUUUAGUUUAAAAUUAAGUACUAAAUACCUUAUUAAUGUUGAACAAUAAUUUUAGUGUUAAUUUAAUUAAUCUAAAUAAAUUAAGUGUAAGUUAAAAAGUAUAUUCUUUAUAAUUAUAUUAAGUUUAUAUAGUGUCAAUAUUUUGUUCAUAUAAAAGUUCGGAUUGUUCAAAAUGCGUUAAUUAUAUUAUAUUAGUUUUUCAAUGUUAUCAGAAGCAUGUCAAUUUUAAGAAAAAAAUUAAUAUAAAUCUAAAGAACAAAAAAUGUAAUUAUUUUUUAUAGCGACAGUUCUCAUAAUAAUUAUACUAUGAUGAUGACAUGUAGGCUUAUUCACUAUGACGUCUGCUAGUUGACAUAUACAAAAUUGAGAUUCUAUAUGUAUAAAUGUCAUCCGGUGCUUACUGGUGGAUAUCACACAGCAGGUAAAUUACAUUUUGUCAAUUGUUUGAAUAGGUUGAUAAUAAAGACCAAAAUAGUGAAUAGGCCAGCUGGGGGGCCUAUAGUAAGCUCAUUAUGAACGGAAUCGUCGGGCCGUUACAAUAUAGAGAAGGAUGUGCCAGGACCUUUUUUUUCUGAUUGUGUAAGUACCGUAGGCUCCUUAAGGGACCUCAGCGGCGUCACCGGGGGGUUUUGCGAGCGCAGAAUCAUCGCCUGAUGGGGCCCGAAGGCAGAAGCAGAGUAGAUGGGCGGAACGACUCUCUAAGGGCGUCUCCUCUGAGACUCGGACCUCGGCUUAGAGGGCCGUUCGGGAAGGGUGUUUUGGCCUGAGUGUAUCAGUCCCUGGGCGUCCUCUCCAGGACCGCUAUCGGGUAAAAGGCUACCUGUUCACUUACGGUGAGUUUCUUCAUCGCAAGUAACAGUCAAAGUAACGUCAUAAACCAAAAGUGACAGUCUUAUUCACUGAAAUAUAAAGUCUUCUUUACUGCUUACUACUUUUACUGUUACUUUAGCUUUACAUGCAGAAACUGGCUGUCAGUGUAUAAUAAUAGUUACCGAGAACAUUUGCCUAAUUUUAAAUGCGAAAAUACUUCAAUGAAAACACUCUUUAAGGAAAUUAGGUUCAUGUAUAAAAAAACGCCGAAGGACGUAAAUAUUUAAUGGUACUAUUAUAUAUAUAUUAUUAACGCCAGAAGGUACUUAAAUGAUUGAAGCAAAUGCCCGGUAAAUUGUUUAAGGCCCGACGAGCCAGUUGAUAACGAGAUUACUAUAAUAGGCCUCCAGGUCAAUUGUUUAUCUUUGUCCUAUAUAUCGCACAUAUCGCGCAUCGCGUUUGUGUGUAAACUAAAAGAAAACAAAUAAAGCGAAUAGUUUAUUCUUCAUAUCAUGUACUUUUACUCACUUUCUAAUAUACUGUUUUUUAGUUUCUAGUAUGUAUGUAUAUUUUUUUCUAGUACACGUUCAAUAUUUUUCUAGUAAUGUUAUAAUAUUACAAAGUUUAAAUUAACGCCGUCAUUUAAAUAUAAAUUGUAUAUGUAUCAAUAGUAUUGUUGACUUAAUUGAUUGAUCAAAAAUCUCUUUUUACUUACAAGUAUUUGAAAACAAUACAAAAUUUAUUAAAUGUAAUUAAUAUCGCUGCCGUCGUCGCUGCUACUAUUAAAAACAAACUGAAGAGAUUUGACUGAAGACUUUUUAAAAUGAGUUAUCGAAGGCUCUUUGUCUUUGUCUUGUCCGCCAACCGAAUUAGCCGUUAUGUUCUUUAAGAUAUAAAUCGAAUAAAACCUUAUUUUGAUAUAGUUUUGAUGGUUGUUAUAAGAUCGUAUGUAUUAAAAUUCUUAUUAAAAGUAAGUAUCACAUGGAUUGUUAUAUUAUGAUGUUUUAUAUAUAUAAUAUUAUAUAGGUUUAUUAGAUUUAUAUUGUGAAUUAAUCAUACUGUUUAACAAUAUGGUAUUCAUAUACACAUAUUUUUAGUUCGUUAUGUUAGACAUAUGAAUUUAUAAUUGUACGCAUAGUACGUAGCUAGGCACUACUCUAACAAUACUCAAUAAUUCUGUUGUGAAGUACAAAAUACAAUGU